AUGAAAGACUUCGACGAUAAGCCCAAGGGUUUCGGUUACGUCGAGUUCGACAGCCUCGAUUCCUUGAAGAAGGCUUUGGAGCGCAACCAGCAGAGCCUUGGCGGCAGAAACGUCCGCGUCAGCGUCGCUGAGCCUCCUCGUGAGCGUGAGGUCCGUGAUGAUCGUACUGCCGGAGAGUGGCGCCGUGCCGAGCCCGUUGCUCCCCCAGCAGGUCGCUUCGGAAACGACCGUUAUGCCGAUCGUGGCGACCGCGCUCCCCGCGCCGAUCGCGAAUUCGGUUCCCGUUUCACCACCUCUGAGCGUCCCCCAGACCGCACUUCCGUCAACAGCUGGAGACGCGAUGAGCCCCUCCCCGCUUCCGAGACUCGUCCCGGCUGGGAGAAGCCCAGAGAGCGCGAGCACAGGGACACCUCCUGGGGAGCUGGACAGGGAUUCGCCAACCGUGCCCCCCCUGCCACUGCUACCCGCAAGAAGUUGGAGUUGAAGCCCCGUAGCGCUGAGGCCCCUGCCGCUGCUGCUGCUAACAACAGCGCUGUCAAGUCCAGCCCCUUCGGUGCUGCCAAGCCCAUUGAUAAUGACGAGGCCAUCCGCCGCGUCGAGGAGAAGUUGAAGCAGGAGCAGCAGGAGAAGAAGGAGGCCGCCGAUAAGUUCCGCAAGGAGAAGGAGGCCAAGAAGCCCGCUGCCAAGGCUGAGGAGAAGGAGGCUGAGCCCGAGGCUACCGCUGAGGCUACCGCUGAAGCUACCGCUGAGGCUGCCGCUGAGACUCAGGCCUAA